UUUCUUCAUUUUCAAUCAUGUCUAUUCAUGGGUUAAUGGACUCGGCAAGAUUUUAUUGACGUUUAUGUUUGAAAAUAUUUCAAAAUAAACAAAGGGAUUAUGACUUUCACUGCAAUUGAUGAGUGAUGUAAUAAUAAAUUGACCAGUAUUGGUAUGAUGAAAUUUAGCAAUGUAAGGUGAAAUCGCUUGAUAAUCGUCUCCCAAAGUGACAUUGUCAAAUUGACAAAAAAAUAACACCAGUAACAGUAAAUCAAAAUAUUAUUUGUAAGGUCACGCGUCUGUAACAUAUUUUUAAUUUUCUAUAUUAAAAAUCUACGCAGCUAUGAAACCAAGAAUACUCCUCUUCGAACUGAAAGUAUUGAAACAAUGGGCCUCCAAGAGAAGUUGAAGGUUCUGCUGAAGUAUUCGAAAAUAGUGGCAGUAAUAGGAAGUGGUGCUUUUUGUGUUUAUUACAGUAUUGGCCAAACCUGCAAAACAUUAAAUAGUAUUGUAAAUCCAAGAGUAGUUGACCGGGAAAAGAAACAUGUAGCAGAGUAUAUUUACGUCGAUGAUCCCUCGUACAACCGGACAUUCCAAGUGGAGUAUGAUAAGGCGACAAAACAGUCUGUGGGUCUGGCGCGUAUCUGGAAGAGCUUGAAGCAUUCCUUAGCAUGGAGACUUUUGUGGUUAUGUCGAAAUGGAAAUAAAGAUCAAAGGAACAUAGCACUAGAACAAUUAGCUUCAUUUAAAAACAACAAAGUAUGGGAUUGCUGUAAACUUGCUCAAGCUAUAGAUGAGAAUACUGCUGUGUUACUGGCACGAACUUAUGGUGCUGACUUGCGAUAUUUCCUUCCACCUCCAAUACACAUUCGUAGAGCUGCAUUAUCUAAUGAACUAGUGUCUUUCAAAUUGAGAGACCUCAUUAUCGCUGUACAAAGUGUUAAUCCUCAUAGCUGCAUUGAACAUUUUCUCUCCAAAUACUUUGCAAAUGUACAAGAAGCAGCGAUGGAAUCAGACAGUAUACCAUCUAAACCAGAUAAUAUUGGUGAAAGAGAUCUGUGUAUAUCCUGUAUGGAUGCUAUAUAUCACCAUGUUACUCUUUUCAGUUGUAAAGAUUAUGACAAAGAUAAUUCAACACAAAAAUUGAUCAGUAUGGGGCUACUACCUAUAUUAGCUGAAACUAUGUUAAGAAAUCGCAAUGAUCUGGAUUGUGACCUAGCUGUGCUCAAAGUUCUUACUGUUUUGAGUGUUCAUUGCAAUUUAUUGCGGGAUUUUUUUCAAAAUGGCCUCAUUGGUGAAUUAUCACGGCUUAUACGGUCAAAGGAUAUAAGGUUAUCAAGUUCAGCAGCAGUAUGCCUUGCAAAUUUAUCUGGAGAAUUUUGCUACAGACCGGGAUUAUAUUUGUUACAUCCUCUCUACAGAACUACAGGUACUACUGCCUGCGAUACUUUGCUUGUGCAUGGACUCAGGGGAGGUGUAUUUGUCACAUGGAGGCAACGGGACAAAAAGUGUGCUCAACCUGUUGGAAUAAUAGAAGUUACAGUCUCUGAUUUUGACUGUGAGACCUCCGAGAUUGUAACAAGGCCAGAGAAGAAAUAUUUAGAUCCUGAUAUGCAGCAGGUAAUGGAAGAUUUAAUAGAAAUAGGAGAUGAAGCAUUGCUGUCAGAUUUAGAAGUAGUUCUCCAUGAUAUCCCUAUUGAAGCUAUGAGAGAACCCCAAUCAUCUAACAAUUUUACUGCUAAUCACAAAAGAAUUGCACUAAAUCAAGAAGAAGAAGACAAAUAUAACUAUACAGCCUGCUGGCCUAAAGACUGGCUGCCAAAAGAUAUCAGUAACUUGAGAAUACUUGGUGUGAAUUACUGGACCUCACUGUCAGAAUGGCUUGAAAGAUGCCCUUUACAAACAGCAGACAUAGCAACUCGGGCUUAUGAAAUGGUACCUGCUCUUAUAGAUGCCGGUGUCGGCAAUAAAAGUACACCAGUAGUCUGGCUAGCUCAUUCUAUGGGUGGAUUAAUUGUCAAACAAGUGCUAGUUGAAGCAUCCCAAAGCGAUCAGCAAUUAUUGAAGAAAAUUGCUGAGAACACUAAAGCUGUAUUAUUUUUUAGUACUCCACAUAAAGGUAGUUCUAUGGCUACAAUGCCCCGAGCAGCUGCUGCAGUGUUAUGGCCUUCGAAUGAUGUGAGACAAUUACAACAAGAUUCACCAGUUCUAUUGAACCUACACAAAGCAUUCAUUGAGUUUGCAGAUGCUUAUAGUUGGGAAACUAUAAGUUUUGCUGAAACCAUGCCGACGCUAGUCACAGCAUUUAAAGUUCCUGUACAUUUUGUGGAGUCAUUUUCGGCGGAUUUGGGCCGUGGCGAAUUUUAUCAACUACCUCUUGAUCACCUGUGUAUCUGCAAACCAGCAACAAGACAGUCUAUUUUGUAUACCACAGUAUUAGAAGUCCUACAAAGAGUAUCCAUUAAGGAACAAGAGUUACCAUAUUCAAAUACUUUUGUCCAAAAAAUUUCAGACCUAUUUUGGUGGAUUCUAAGGACAAAAGCCAAAGAACUGUUAGAAACUAUAGAUGAGAAUCAAACAAAUGAAGGUUUGCGAUGGACAGAGAGGGUCUUAUUGAACACAUUCACAGAUUAAUCUUCCUCAAAUAUAUUUUGAAGUAUUAAUUUUAUUAUUUUGUAAUUUUUUGCUGAUACAAUUAUUUAUUGUUAUGUAAAACCUCCUGGACAUUGUGUUUUUGAUAAUAAUGUGUAAGAGAGUAAUUUUAACAGUAUUCUAUAGUGAGAAGGAAACAUACAUGGUGCCAUUGAUUUAAGAAAAUAAUGCUAUGCUAAGGUAGGUAUUUUUGUAUACUCGUUUUAUUUGAAAAUUCUAUUUAUUGAUGUUCUGAAUGUCAUGUUUCCUAUUACCUGCUAUUGAGUAAACUAUUUUGUGUUAAAGAAAUUAUUUUUAUUUAUGUAGUUCCCUAGUUUUCAUGAAAUCAUCAUUCAACCAACAUGCAUUCAAUUUGUGGU